CUGACCGUGGCUAACUUCAGCAAUGCGGAGUGUGGUUUUUAUAAGUUUGUUCCGAGGUCCUUGUUGUUUUGAACUGUAUGUAUGGAUACAUUUGUUAAAAUGGAUUUUGUGCAGAGUUUCGGGACGUAUCACCUCAGACUCAUCUCGGUUAGCUCAACAUGCUAAACGAAGUUACCAUAGCGUUCUAGCUGGAAAUAGACGGAUACAAAACUCGGCCACAGUGACCUUUGGAAAUACAUAUGGACCAGAAGAGGAAGCUAUCCUGCGCAUGCGUGUUAAGCCUGUGUGUGUUCUGAGCAAAGAGUCCGGUUAAACUGUUUUAACCCGUAAUUCCGUCAUGCAGUCCAUCAGAUACAACCGGAGUGAAUCCCCAGAGCCCGUAUGUAUGGGUAGCCUUGUUCAAGUGGACUUUGCGCAGAGUUUCGGGACGCUUCUUCACCUCGGAUUCAUCUCCGUUCGCUCAAAAUGCUAAAUGAAGUUAGCAUAGCGUGCUAGCUGUAAAUAGACGGAGACGGAACUCGGCCACCCAGCGCUAGUCUGAGCGACCAAACGGUGUUAUUCAUGGACCCGCAGUGUCCAGAUAGACAUGUCUGAAGGGACUCUGUGAUGUUCCCUUUAUUUGAAAACGUCUCCUGGUGUCCUACGAAGCUAAUGAAGUUAGCUCGCUAGCUGGAAGUAGACGGACCCGAACGUAACCUAGCAACACAGCGCAUGUGUCAGAGGGAGGAAAAGUUGCUGUAAUUUAGUAAAAAUGUCUCAAGUUGAAAUGCUGAGAGCUUUUGUGAAGCAACGACUAACUGCGGCUGCUGAAGAGAUAUUCGACCAGUUCGAAAGAACGAUAGCAGAGUAUCAGGAGGAACUUAAGUCCAGGUCGAAAGAGAUUGACCGACAACAGAAACUACUGGACGCUGUUUGCAACCCUGAAGACGGGUUACACAGAGCAGACGUCCCGCAGCUGUUGGUGGUUAAAGAUUCGGUUCGCCCUGAGCAGCAGGAGUGGAGUUCCAGACCGGACCAGGAGGAGCCAGAGCCCCCCCCGCACAUUAAAGAGGAACAGGAGGAACUCUGGACCAGUCAGGAGGGAGAGCAGCUCCGCGGGCCGGAGGAGGCUGAUGCCAAGUUCCCGCUCACUUCUGUCACUGUGAAGAGCGAAGAAGUUUCUCAGCGCUCGCAGCUUCACGAAGACGAAACCGAGGCCACCAGAGAGGCAGAGCAUUCGAAAACCGAAGCUGACGGAGAGGACUGCGGAGGACCGGAACCAGCCGGGAACUCCGAUCCAGAGAGACAUCCAGAACCAGAUGCUCACGACGAGAGUCCACAAUCCUCUGAACCUGAGAAUGAUGACAGUAGAGAUUGGGAGGAAACUGGGACACCUCGGUCAGCUUCAAACCCUCUGCAAAACAACAAAGCCCUCGCGAUCGACGGGACUACAGGAAAAACCAAAUUUAGUUGCUCCGUUUGUCGUAAACGAUUUACCUGGAAGAACUCCUUAGUGGCUCACAUGAAACGUCAUUCAGAAGGAAAGUGUUUCAGCUGCUCAGUUUGCAAAACAAUGUUCAGCAACAACAACCUUCUGCUGAAACACAUGACCGUCCAUACUGGGGAAAAACCAUUCGGUUGUCCAGUAUGCCGCAAAAGAUUCGCCGACCGCAGCAAUCUGAAACGACACCUGACUCUCCACACCGGAGAGCGGCCGUUUCAGUGUCCAGUUUGCAGUAAACGAUUCGCGCAAAAGGCACACCUGGAACAACACGCGGCCUUCCACACGCGGGAGAAACACUUCACUUGUUCAGUUUGCAGUAAACGAUUCUCGAACCACAGCAACCUGAGACGCCACCUGGCGCUCCACACCGGGGAGAAACCGUUCAGCUGUCCAGUGUGCGGCAAAACCUUCGCACAACGGGGACACCUGAAACAGCACUUGCCAGUCCACACGGGGGAGAAACGGUUCAGUUGUUCGGUUUGCAGCAAAACGUUCACGCAGAAGCAUCACGUGGCGCAGCACUCGGCCGUCCACACGGGGGACAAACCGUUCAGUUGUCCAGUCUGCAGUAAAACGUUCACAAAAAAGCAAUAUCUCGAAAAGCACAAGUGUGUUGCGGAGAGCAGCAGGAAGAAGUGAAGCUGCAGAGACUCUUGUUGA